CUGGAUCACUGCAUGUCAUCAUUGUCUCCUGGCCAAAGAGUGAGAUGACGAUCCCAUCCCAUCCUCUCCUUUUCUAAACAUCCAACCCGUCCUACGAUCGAUAUUUCUUGUCCCCCUCAUCGGAAUACCCCUGAACCGUCUGAAGACGUUUCUGGGUCAUGGCUAUUGUCUUCUAGAACCUUUGGGCCCCGGUUUCCAUAGUUCAUCGAUACCCGCUAUCUUUGCCAGUUCUCGCGGGCCUUCCCCUCCCAUUUCGCCAUGUCGGACCCUCGGAAUGUACUACAUGAGUCUAUGGAUGGACAGCUGCAGAGUCCCAUCUCAGCUUCUGCGCAGCUGCCAGGCGAUCUAGUACACCCAGCCGACAAUGAGACUCCCGUGGUCGGAAAGCUUGCGACCAAUGUCCGGGCUCCCAAGCCUGCCAACCUAAUCUGGCCCCAGGUGCAGCAUAUCGGCAACGACCAACAUACCGAGGGCACAUCUGUCGGAUCUGGAGCCCUGAGUGAUGGCCCCGUGUCACCAAUUUCACCUGGCUCCUCAUUUGAAGCGUUGCGAACGCCAGGUGUUUCAGAUCGACCGAAGUACGCGUACAGACAACCCUCGUCCCCCGGUGGGACAUCACAGUUCCCCCCCCGCCUGCACUCCCCGGCGUCUCAAAUUUUUGAGCGGAGUGUCCAAGAAGACAUACUCCCCCAGCAAGCUUCCCCAUCCAUCCCCGCCCAUAUUCGCACCGAGAACUACAUCCCUCCAGUUCUAGAGGCCUCGUCAGCCGCCAUUACCGACGAACAACUGGACCCGGAUUCAGUGGAAAUUAUCACUCAUAGUAUGCAUCAAUCUGCUGCUGCGGGCGUGACCGGUUCGUCCACAGCAGAGCACUCACUGGCGUCCUCCGGUUUCGUCGAUCAUGCGGGGUUCCACUCUAUCGAGACAGAUGAAAGCUCGUCUACUCAUGCCGCACUGGACUCGACAGACGUCCGACGGUUGAGUUUCAUUUCUUUUGCCGAUGUUGUCAAUGCUGAAAAUGCAGAGACGGGCGAGUCAGUGUACAGCCGAGAGCCCUCCCAGGUUGGAGGAGCUUCGGGUCAUCCGAUUGGUGCAGGAUACCACAAUCGUUCGCCGUCCCCGUUACGAUCUCCAGCUUCCUCGCAUGGACUGGGCACAUCGCCUCCAACUAGCAUUGCGACUUCCUUCAAAGGUCUCGAAAUGUCGCCCAGUCAUGGCACCCGCGGAGCGGCAAGUCCACUCCAAACUGCCCAAAGUCCAGUUGCUUCCCAUUUUGGUGGUGAACUAAAUGUUGAAACGAUGCGACAGGCGCUGAGACGAACGGGUAGUGGUGAUCUUGGCAGCUUUGCAAGCCAGACGGCUAGUGCCAUCGGCAAUGAAGAGCCCUUCGAUCGUCAUUUUUAAAUUUUGCCCGGAAGGAGUGAUACCUACUUGGUUUUCCCAAUGUCUCUUACAAUAGGCAUUUCGCUUGGCUCGGACGAUAGUUCUGGAACUGUCGGUGUUGUGUAGCUGUGAUGCCCUGCAGCAAGUCUCUAAAGAGCAAAGCAGACGCGCAGAGAACUCAGACCGUUUUUCUUCGGUCUUGCGCUCAAGCAGUCGAACGGCGUGACGAAGGUGCUCUGUCUAUUUUUAUCGUCGCGUUUCACAUAACUCAAAUCUAUGGAUCUGGAUAUCCUUGAUUAGGUGCUCAUUCGACACCCGGUG